UUGUGCCUAACCCAGAGUAAUUAUUAGUUUCUACUUCCAAGUGGAAAACAUGUUGACUCUCAGCAGCACUGUAUCAGCUUCGACCUCAGCACACCAGCACUGAAACGAAAAAAGAAUAUACUUUCAACAUCCAUCCAUCUCACUCUCCACACUGUUUAUUCAUUCCGGUGAGCAAAGCAUCCUAAUUCGUCAUUCGGCCCUGUUUUCUCUUGAUUGAGAUGCUUCUACAGCCAGAUUUUCGAAUGGAGAAUGGAGUCUUGGAGGUAUGCUAACUCAGAAGCUAAGAGCCCUUUGUUAUGGGAUGAAAUGGGUCUACCGGCUGAUGCUGUUGGUAAAUUGUCAAUGGGACGGAACACUUGUAAUUUGAAUAGAAUUUUAGGCUCUAAUAGAGAAGAAAUUGUGAGCAUGAUGGGAAACUCGGAUCCUGUCGAUCCACGUUUCAAUCUUUUGGGUUGUGAGAUUGGCACCUGCUUUAGCAGCGCAUCGCCUUCUCCUUCGUCUAUGAUUACUUCAAACUUGCCAUUUGGGGAAUCUGAAUCCGGGUUAAGUCUUUCCAGUCCUGCCAUUGUAUCUAAUGGUGAGAAAUCAUCACCAACUGGUUGGAAAUUGGGGGAGUUGGCCGAAUUGGAGGAAGCCAAGAACAGCCGUUUUUUGAACGAAGGGCCGAAUUCAUCUUUGUUUGGAACUCCACUGACAGCGACAAAGAGAGCUCGCACAGGGAAUUGGCUUUCUCAGAUUCCCGUUUGCCAAGUUCACGGGUGUAACAAAGACUUGAGCGCAUCGAAGGAUUAUUACAAACGGCACAGAGUGUGCGAUGUUCACUCGAAGACUGCUAGAGUUAUUGUUAACGGUAUCGAGCAAAGGUUUUGUCAGCAAUGCAGCAGGUUUCAUUUGCUGUCUGAAUUUGACGAUGGCAAACGCAGUUGUCGCAGGCGCCUUGCUGGCCACAAUGAGCGUCGAAGGAAGUCUCAGUUGGAUAUUCUCUCUGGAGCCAGGUUUCUGCAAAAUUCUCUACCAAAAAGAUUGUCUUUUGUUUUACCCGAAAUGCUUGGCUUGUUUGGCCCCCAAGAAAAUACCCAAGGAAAACAGAGCUGCCAUCCCAAAGCAGAAGAGGGGCCAUUUCACAGCCCUCGGCUAGAAAUGCCGACCACCGGAAAACAAACCUCUUCAGAUCAUUUUUUAUCACAAACUGUUUAUACUUUCCCUGAAACAUCAUCAAGAAUUGAAGAAUUAUCCGGGAUUGCCAACUCCACCAGUGCUCUCUCUCUUCUGUCAGCUCAAUCCCGAAAUUUGGCAAGCCCUUUCACGGGAACUGCUGGUGCUCAUUCCCGUGUGGAUCAAAAUUCCGAAAAAAAUUCAGGCUUCAUAAACUUUCCAUCAAAUGGGUUUUGUUCUUCCAGGUUGAACUCAGUAGAAGCCCACCAGGUUGAUCCCUCGGUAUCUUAUGGUGCCAUUGAUUUUGAAUUCCAAACAGAAAGCGGGAUCGUUCAAAGAUCACAUUCUGUGGCAUCUAAAAGUCAUAUUUUUCCUGAAAUUAGCCCCACUGUUGACUUGAUUCAAUUGUCAGCACAUCUUCGAAGAGUGGAGCAGCAGAGGACUUCUGUUCAAUUGAAGCAGGAAAAUGAUGCAUUUUGUUCUUUCUCUACCUAGUACUGUUGUAAAAUAGAUUGGAUGCUUUUGUUUAUAUGUAUCUGAAUUUUAACAUAUGCUCUGUUUCUUUU